AUGGACGUGGGGGCUCUCUGCCGGGUCCUGCGCUCCUUCUACGCCGAGGCGCGCUCCAAGAGCGGGCAGCUUUACUCCAAGUCCUCCCUCAUCAGCAUCCGCAGCUCCCUCAACCGCUACCUCAACGAGCCGCCCUACUGCCGCACCCUCGACCUCACCAAGGACCCCGAGCUCCGCGCCGCCAACCUCACCCUGGCCGCCGUCAUCCGCAAGCUGGAGGAGCAGGGCGCCGGGCCGGUGGUGCAGAAGCAGGCCAUCACCCGCGCCGACCUCCGCAAGCUCUACACCUGCAGCGUCUUCAGCACCCAGAGCCCCUUCGGGCUCCUCAACAAGGUCUGGUUCGAGACCUGCAUGUACUUCUGCACCCGGGGCCGGGAGAACCAGCGGGAGCUGGAGGAGGACUCCUUUGGGCUGGCCGUGGAUGAGGACGGACGCAAGUUCGUCUACUUCAAGGCACUGGGGCCCUACCACAAGUCACGCUCAUCCUCCUGGAGCAAGAAGCGGGCGGAGAGCAGCGACGAGGAGAACCUGCCCCGCAUGUAUGAGACUGGCACCGAGUUCUGCCCCUACGCCAGCUUCGUCAAGUACCUCUCCAAGCGCAACCCCCUCUGCAAGGCCUUCUUCCAGCGCCCGCGGGACCACUGCAGUGAGGGUGACAUCACCUGGUACGAGAAUAAGGCCAUCGGCAAGAACCUCCUGGGCACCCGCAUGCAGAUGCUCUCCAAGGCAGCCAAACUCUCCAAGACCUACACCAACCACUGCAUCGGCGCCGUCUCCAUCGCCACCCUCAACAGCAUCGCUGGCAUCGGCACCAAGCUGGGGGGACCGCAGCCGCCCGCGGUGUUCCCGGCGGGGGCUGCGGCUGGUGGUGAUGCGUGCGGGCCUUCCGCCUCCCCCAAAAGACUCUGUCGCCGCCCCGCUGAGCCCCUGGACACCGCCGCACCUGCCGUGGUGGUGGUCUCAGUGAAACACGACCCCCUGCCUCACCUACUCCCCGAAGCCAAUGGGCACAGAAGCACCACCUCACCCACAGUAGUUUCACCUGCUAUUGUUUCCCCCACACAGGACAGUCGGCCCAAUAUGUCAAGACCUCUGAUCACUAGAUCCCCUGCAUCUCCAUUGAACAAUCAAGGCAUCCCCACUCCAGCACAGCUCACAAAAUCCAACGCACCAGUUCACAUUGAUGUGGGUGGGCACAUGUAUACCAGCAGCUUGGCCACGCUUACAAAAUAUCCCGAUUCCAGAAUCGGCCGGCUUUUCGAUGGCACGGAGCCCAUUGUCCUCGACAGUCUCAAGCAGCAUUAUUUCAUCGACAGAGAUGGGCAGAUGUUCAGAUAUAUCUUGAAUUUUUUAAGGACAUCGAAACUCCUCAUUCCUGAUGAUUUCAAGGACUACAGUUUGUUAUAUGAAGAAGCAAAGUAUUUCCAGCUUCAGCCCAUGCUGGGAGAGAUGGAAAGGUGGAAACAGGACCGGGAGAGUGGCCGCUUCUCAAAGUCGUGUGAGUGCCUGGUGGUGCGAGUUGCCCCAGAUCUUGGAGAGAGGAUUACACUGAGUGGCGAUAAGUCGUUGAUAGAAGAAGUGUUUCCAGAAAUCGGUGACGUGAUGUGUAAUUCUGUCAACGCCGGCUGGAAUCACGACUCGACGCAUGUCAUCCGAUUUCCACUGAACGGAUACUGUCACCUCAACUCAGUUCAGGUACUUGAGAGGUUACAGCAAAGAGGGUUUGAGAUUGUUGGCUCAUGUGGAGGUGGGGUGGACUCUUCCCAAUUCAGUGAAUACGUACUGAGACGAGAACUCAGAAGGACAUCUCGUGCACCCUCCGUCAUUCGAAUAAAGCAAGAGCCUCUGGACUAA